AUGAUUGCAGACGAUAAUAUUUAUCUCAGAGCUGAUCGAUUGAGAAGCGAGUUGAGCAAGGAGGACCGUCCCCAGCGACUUUACAUCGGACAAAUGCGGGGUGCACUGCAUGAUUAUAAUGUUCCAAAGGAGCUUUAUCCAUUGGACACGUAUCCUCCAUUCGCAUUCGGUCAGCACUAUUUGCUCUCAAUGGAUUGCGCUCGCUUCAUCGCCAAGAACAGCGAGAGAUUACGUGGCUUAGAUAGAGUGGACGAUAUCAGUGUAGCCCUGUGGUUACUCGCUAUACAAGUGCAUGUUUGUCACCAUUUGGACUUCGAUCGGUUCAUGCCAAUCUGA